GUGGAGAAGAACAACAGCCGCAUCAAGUUAGGGCUCAAGAGCCUUGUCAGCAAAGGCACCUUGGUGCAGACUAAAGGAGUCGGUGCGUCUGGCUCCUUCCGGCUCAGUAAGAAGCCUGGCGAAGUGAAAGAAAAAGCCCCCAAAAAGAAGGCAGCCGCGACCAAGUCAAAGAAGUUGGCGGCCAAGAAGCCUGCCACCGCUGCCAAGAAGCCAAAGAAGGCAGUGACAGCAAAGAAGAGCCCUAAGAAAGCCAAGAAGCCGGCAGCCACCGUAGCUAAGAAAGCAGCUAAGAGCCCGAAGAAGGCGACCAAGGCUGCCAAGCCCAAAAAGGCAGCAUCAGCAAAGAGCCCGGCCAAGGUGAAGGCGGUGAAGCCCAAAGCUGCUAAGCCCAAGGCUGUCAAGCCCAAAGUGGCCAAGGCGAAGAAGGCGGCGUCCAAGAAGAAGUAA